UGGUCGACAUUCAUCUGCUUCUACUCUCAGACAGUGAUAUCCCGUAUAGAGCAACGAGGUUGCACCAGUGGCGCUCAUUCCCCAAUGUCUCUUGCUCGUGCUGGUCUCCGGACACUGCGAUCCCUUCCCUCUCGCCAAGUCAAUCGUGCGACUAGCGUUCUUGCCCAACGCAGAUGGCUCUCUGAGGAAGCUAGGAGACAGAUCGAUAGUCACGUCAAAGAGGCCGAUGUGGUAGUAUUCAUGAAGGGAACACCUGAUCAUCCCGAAUGUGGUUUUUCUCGAGCCGUUGCGCAGAUCUUGGACGUUCAAGGCGUGCCUCGUGAAAAGAUGAAGACAUUCAACAUCUUGCAGGACGCUGAGCUGCGCACGAAUAUCAAAGAGUACAGUGAAUGGCCGACUAUACCUCAAGUCUACGUCAAGGGGGAGUUUGUGGGUGGAGCAGAUAUCAUGUACUCCAUGCACAAGGAUGGAUCCCUGGAGAAGAUGCUGGUCAAAGAAGAGAUCAUAGAGGAACUUCCAGAGUUGACGGAGGAGCCCACGCAGUAGGGCAGCUCGAACGCAGUAAUUACCGAUAUCCUACAAUGUAUACUGUACCCCUCAGCAGAAGCCAAGCU